AGAAACCUAGCAAUACAACAUGUCCGCCUACAAACAAGCUGGUAUUUCCUUGAACAGAGCAAUUGCAAUUGCUGCUAGAACCUUACGUGCUUCCUUAAAGCCAGAAUUUAAGGUUGCUGCUGAAAGAAGAGGCCACACUGAAGUUAAAGUUAUCAACUUUGAAAAAGGUGUUCAAUCUGAACCAAGACCUUUAGGCAACUAAGCUGCUAGCCGCAUACUGAUAUAUUUUAGAUACGUGUUAAUAUACAUUUUGGGAAUCUAUUAAUAAAUACAAAUC